GUCAAAAGCAAAGAAAUGGGCGUGCCGUUUCAUUUCAUUGAAAGAUUAUUUUCGCACCAGAAGACAGAAAAAUAAAACAACAACACAAACUCUGUUAUUACCGGAUAGUUUAAGAUAUAAAAAUGUCAUUACAAGUUCUGGGCAGAACUCUAGCGUACGCCGCAAGACGAUCGGCUUUAAGCGUGCAGCCUGCCAGAAACUCGAGUUAUUUGGGCAGUACAGUGGUGGAUCCUCUCAAAAAGUACCCUGACGUUGAAGUGUCGCGUGACCCUGCAGAAUGGCGCUUCGUGGAGCGGCUGCUUCCUAUGAAAACUGUGCCUGCACCACGUUCAUCCACAGAAACAACCCUGCCCAGUGGCUGGAGACCGACCUACGCAAAAUCCCUGAACGAACCAUACUUCAUCGGGCGUUCCCGCAACCACCAGCCCUCCGUUUAUCUGAAGAUCAAAGAGAGGGGUUUCCAGAAGUUCACUAUCAUCAAGUUCAUCACCGGUGACAUUUGGAGGCUGAAAGAGGACCUGAGCAAACGCAUCGAAGAACGGCUCGGCUUGAAGCAUGGAAUUCACGUUAACGAAAUGUACGGAAAGCUUGUGAUUACAGGUGACGUCUACAAUGUUGUGAUGGAGUUUUACGAUGAAAAAGGAUUCUAGUUGGAGGUUUAGUGUAAUUAGUGUUGAGUGGUUAAUAAAAUGUGCUGCUGAAACAACUG